AUGUGGUCCAAACUCCAUAGUAGAAUUGACUUGAGAAAAAAUCGGCAAAGCCUAGCUACGGUCUUUCACAGAGUUUUCCUCGUCCCUGACGAUCUGAUCACUUCCUCGUCAACAACAAGUCUCUCUGUCGUCCACUCGAUCCGAUCCUUCCUCCCGUGUCCCUCCUCCACUCGAUCUGCUACCUCCUGGACACGGCGACGUACGGCUGAUCCGUCGUCCGGUGGCUGGGGUUCCUGGCGGGAGACGCCGGUCGUGCAGAGGUGCUCUUAAAUUUAUAAUAAUGAAGGAUUUUAUGAAACUUUAUCAUCAGCGGGAAAUCCAGCUGCUUGUGCUCCUCAGCUUCACACUCCAAAUGUUCCUCUUUUUCACCGGCAGUCUUCGGAGGCGCAACACCAAUGUGUUCCUCAGGGUUUCUAUCUGGACAGCUUAUUUGGGAGCAGACUUCACAGCAGUUUAUGCUCUUGGUUACCUCUCACGACACGAUGAUAUUCAGAGGCAAAUGUCAGGGGGAACCCAGCCACUAGCUUUCUUUUGGGCAUCAUUCCUCCUCAUCCAUCUUGGUGGGCAGGACAGCAUCACCGCAUUUUCAAUGGCAGACAACAACUUGUGGCUGAGGCAUCUCUUGAACUUGGUGGUGCAAGUAGUCCUAGCUGCAUAUGUUUUCUGGAAAUCGCCAGCAAGGCACAGUGCAGAGCUUCUAGUUUCAGGUGUCCUUGUGUUCAUUGCCGGAGUUACCAAGUAUGGAGAAAGGACACUGUCUCUCAAGUAUGGAAGGUUUAAAAGUCUCGAGAGCUCAACUGGAGAUCACUACAAGAAACGGUUUCCGGAAUUAAACGAUUCGGAUCAUGGCUAUUCUAAGGUAGUUUUGGAUGCUCUAUGUUCAAUGCUAAAUGUCCACAAUGUCUUUGCAGCGCGUAACCCAUUUGUUAAUGGUCCAGAAUCUAAUUCCCCAGUUGUUAUUGCUCGAGACACGGUACAGGGAACCAAAAAAAUGCUCAAGGUGGUGGAGCUUGAGCUUGCAAUCAUGUACGAUGACCUCUACACAAAGGCUCUUGUGCUGAGAACAAGGAUAGGCAUGAUUCUCCGAUGCACCUCUCACGCAUGUUCCCUCCUUGCUUUUGCACUGUUCCUUACAUGUGACAAACGGAGGUACAACGGAGUUGAUGUUGCGAUCACCUAUUCGCUGUUUAUCGGAGGCUUUUUCCUUGAUCUUUCUGCAGUGUUUAUCUUCAUAAUGUCUCCAUGGACUUGGGCGUGGUUGAAGGCUCAGAAAUGCGACCGGCUGGCUAGCUUGUCCUGGUUCCUUUUUUCCAGUGAUAUUGGCUGGCCAGAGAAAAGGCCACGGUGGUCGAAUUCCAUCGGACAGUACAACUUGCUGAACUGGGUUUCUGGUGGAGACCAGCCAAGAUCAUACAACCAGAAAGUGGUGGCUCUAGUGAGAAGAUUGUCGAGUUUAGUCGGUGUUGGAAAAGAAGAUUUGUUCUGGCUGAGCAAGACGUUGGACACUGAGCAUGUGGAGGCCGAUGAAAAGACGAUGGAGUUUGUCGUAAAGGGGAUUAGUAGCUUGAGCGAUGAAGUCUCCGAGCAACAACAAUGGCAGCAUCUUGGCCCAUUGCUGAAAAAGAUACGGGUCUGUUUUGUCGCAGAUAUGGGAUGUGCUAUUGUGGUGAUGCACAUAUUCACUCAAGUAUAUUUGAAUGCAGUAGAAGCCGCGGCAGCGGGAGACGAAGGAGGGGGAGAUGCAGAUGAUAUGGUGGAGGUGUGCCGAAAACUGUCCAACUACAUGAUGUACCUCUUUGUCAACCACCCUUCCAUGCUUCCGCUCAAUGCCAGCUCCGAAGCCACCGUGGUUGAGUUUGCGAAAUCGAGAGAGGAACUGUCUAGGACACAACAAGGAAGCAAGAUGACCCUGGAUGAGCUAUACAACAUUAUACAGCAGAAUAAGGAUGGUGUGUCAAGGCAAGGAACAAUGGAGGAAAUGUACAAGAUGAUACUAGAAGAGGAUGUCCAACCAAGCUGGGGUGCAGUGGAGGAGAUGGCAGCAAUGUGGCUGCGGUUCCUCAUCUUCGCCGCCGGCAGGUCCAAUGGUAAGGUGCACGCGGCGGAGCUGGCCAGCGGAGGGGAGCUCAUCACCUUCGCCUGGCUGCUCAUGGCCCGGGAAGGGCUCGGCGAAUCCGAGAGGAGAAGGGUCCGGCUGACGUCCACCAUAUCGUCCAUUUCGUCUGCUGAUUCUGCUGGUGCUGCAGCUGAUUUGAAGGAAGCAUAUGCGUUCUUUUUCAACUGAUUAAAGUUUGAAAGUUUGAUUAGUACUUUAGCUGAUUUGAGUAGCUUUGUUUGUUGUUCCCUACAUCUUUAUAAUCUAAAGCUAUGUAUGAAGUAGAGUUAGGAUUAAUAACCAGCAAUCUUCCUGUGAUAAGAGAUAAUGCAUGGCUGAUAUGAUUUGGGCUUUCUAUAGCUGCCAGCCCCUAUAUAUAUCCCAGAUUUUCUCCUUCCUUUUCUCUUGACUGUAACCGUAUCUGUGUAAUACUUCGCCAUAUAUACAGUUGUAAGAAGUUGAACAAGAUUGUCAUUUAUACUAAUCGAAGCUGGAAUAUCAUAUUGCAGUUGAA